AGGCUACUGAAGAUUUCCUCGUGUUGACACCUUGUCAGACGCUUUCGGUUGUUGCUGCCUGCUCGUCUGACACUUGAUAAGCCUACAGUGUACGUGCCCACCCAGCAUUUAACAGAAUUACAGGAGGAAUCAAAUGGCAUCACCCUUUCGAAGCUUGAUAGAAGAUGAGAAUAGAUACAACAAGUCAUUCCAACUGUUUCUGGAGCGUUCCUCUGAACAUCAGUGCAUGCAAGAAUUCAUCCACGGGGUUUUGCCUGAGAUCUUUACAAAAAUUGGAAAAGGAAAAAGCAGUCUCAAUGUCUUAGGUGUGGGCAGCGGAGCAGGUCAGAUGGACCUGCAGAUGUUCUCUCAGAUGCGUCUGAAGCUUCCGGGCAUCACAGUAAUCAAUGAGGUGGUGGAGCCCAGUGGAGACAUGCUCUUCAAGUACAAGGUGUUGGUACAAAAAACACCCAACCUUGAGUAUAUAAACUUCACAUGGAAUAAGAUGACUGCAUCUGAAUUCGAGAGCCACUGGAAAGAGAGCAAGCUGGACAAGAAGUUUGACUUCAUUCACAUGAUACAGAUGCUGUAUUACGUCAAAGAUCCUGAAGCAACUGUCUCAUUCUUUAGGAGUUUACUGAGUGAGAAUGGGAAGCUUGUGAUCAUUCUAGUGGCUGGCCAAAGCGGAUGGGGAAGGCUCUGGAGGACGUACAGAGCCCAGCUCUGCAACACCGAGAUCAGUCAGUGCGUCACCACCGGGGAUAUCAAAACCUUCCUGGAUACCAAGGGCAUUCCAUACAAAAACUAUGUGCUCCCGUCCCAAAUGGACAUCACCGAAUGCUUCACAGAGGGUGAUGAGAAGGGCCAGCUGCUACUGGACUUCCUGACCGAGGUCAUUGACUUCAGUAAGAACGCCUCUCCAGAGCUCAGAGCAGGCGUGUUGGCUCUGCUGCGCCACCCUGACUGCAGCAAAGAGGAGGAUGGGAAAGUCUUAUUCAACAACAACCUUGAAGUGUUAGUCAUGGAUCCCUAGAGGCUUGUUGAAACAAACAUGCCCUCUACCCCUUUAGAUGUCCUAGACCAAUUUCCAAAUGUAUCUUUUAUAGUAAUUUACACAUCUAUAGGGGAGGACUUUCAUUUGCACACAUCAGUCAAUCGGACAAAUGCUUUGAUCAUGAUUACAUAUCACAGAAAUGUUGUAAACAGGUUCAUAGUGGUUACGCAUUAGCUGACAUCACUUGAUAAACUCAUAUUUGACCGACACUUUUAUGAUUAUUAGCUGCAGUCUUUUUAGGUCGAGGAGAUUUGUUAUUAACAUAAUCAAGAACCAGCCUCCAGAUCACAAACUAUUGUUUUAUUUUUAAGCUUUUUAUCUUGGCUUGUCACAUGCUUAUCAAAUUGUUGGGCCUUUGAUGGGUACAGGUUAUACUUUUUGUAUUCGUUGGGUUAAAACUUACACAAAGAACACCUAUGCCCAACUCAAACAAAAAUAAAUCUUUCACUGUAAUGUC